AUGUCGGAACUAGAGGAUAUAAAGUAUGAGAUUGAGCGUCUUCGCCAAGAGUACGAAUAUCAUUUAAAUAACAAAAGUCCGUCAGCAAGGAUCCAAUAUGAAUAUGCUUGUAUGCUGAUGUGUUCACCCAAAGAUUCUGAUACCACAAUCGCUAUUGGCCUAUUCGAGGAAUUGUUGCGAGUUCGUUUUCAAAGCGUAAAUUGUCUGUAUCAGCUGGCCUUGUGCUUCAUUAAGAAAAAGAAAUAUCGUACUGCUCGCAAGCAUCUGGAUAUAUUACUCAGACUGGAUCCCAGGAAUCAGAUGGCAUUAUCACUCAGGAGUCUAUUAUAUGUUCUAUUAUCAGAAGAGGCGAUGUAUGGCACAAUACUCGCAGUCAUGACAGCAUUCUGCGCAUUCUCAAUGUAUAAAUUAUGGAAAAGAUAG